AUGUUUGGAGGUAAUGGAUGGCGCGCUUUGGCGCUUUCCCUCGCCUUUGCGCCACAGGCACUGGCAGACAUCUGCUCAACCCUGAAAGACGGUGGAAUCGAUAUCGAAUACCCUCUCACGUUGGACUAUUCCAACGACCUCACCAAAUAUUGGUCCGCAGCAUGUGGUGACCUCAAGCCAACGUGUAUCGCCGCUCCUUCUAGCGCAGCGGAGAUGGCGCAAGUGAUCAAAAACCUCCACGACGUGGAAACUCUUUUCGCGGUCAAGAGUGGAGGUCACAUGCCCAACAAUGGGUUCGCUAGUAUCCAAGACGGCCUCUUGGUUUCGACAAAGAACUUGGAUCAAGUUGACUAUAAUCCCGACGAUCAUACCGCCAUCAUCGGCCCGGGUCUGUCAUGGGAAGAGGCCCAGAAGGGACUUGAUGGAACUGGUCGGUGCGUUGUUGGCGGCCGUCUCGGUGGUGUCGGAAUUGGCGGAUAUAUGCUUGGAGGUGGCAUGAGCUUCUUGAGCACACAAUACGGCUGGGCGGCCAACAACGUCGUUGACUACGAAGUUGUCCUUGCCAACGGCACUAUCGUCCACGCAACCGAGAAAGAAAACACUGACCUCUUUGCAAGCUUGAAAGGUGGAGGAAACAACUUCGGUGUUGUCACUGCAUACACCAUGCAGACUCACCCCCAAGACCAUAAGGUCUGGGGUGGUAACUUCAUUUUCACAUCCGACAAAACCCCCCAACUCCUGAAAGCUCUGCGUAACUUUGUCGAUGAGUAUCCUGAUGACAAGGCCGCAAUCAUUUUGACCUCAGAGCACGGUCUGGUCAUCGAUUUCUGGAUCAUGUUUGUCUUCUACGAUGGACCCGAGCCACCUGCGGGAGUCUUUGAUGAGUUCACUGACAUUGAGCACACCUCUACCGCCAAGACCUGGGAUACUUACUACGACCUACUCAAGAACAAUAACUUCUUCAUUCUCCAUGGCCAACGCUACACCAUCGCCACCGAGACUACACCUCUCCCUAACAAGACGGUGGGCUCAGGAGUGCUGCAGGAAUACUACGAUCACUGGUUCAAUGUCACCCAGUCAGUGCUGGAGGUGACCGGUGUCCUGGGCUCAAUUGCUUUCCAGCCCGUCCCCAGAACUUUCUCACAGAAGGCCAAGGACCGCGGUGGAGACCUUCUUGACGUGCCCUCGGACCAGCCCUACAUCUUCAUUGAACUCGAUUUCUCCUAUGGGCUAGCCAUCGAUGACGAGAAGAUUGAUGCAGCCAACGUCGAACUUUACCAAGGCCUGGACAACUUAGUCCAGAAAAAUGUCGACAAGGGCCUAUUGCCCGACGUGUACCGUCCCUUGUUCAUGAAUGACGCCUACUACCGUCAAGAUUAUUGGAGCCGUAUCAGCCCGGCAUCCAAGGAGCUGGCGCUCCAGACUAGGAAGCGAUAUGAUCCCGAUGGGUUCUUCCAGAAGCGGACCAGCGGUGGAUGGAGACUGACCGAGUAA